AUGAGGCCGGCCUUUGACAAUGACGAGGUCGAAAAAGAGAUCGCCGCCUAUUUACGAAACUACGGGCGCUACACCGAUCAAGGAAAGAUACGCGUCAUGUUCCCGGUCGGUCUGAAAGCGCUGCAAAACAUCACUGGAACGGGGUCGCAUUCGCAUACCAUCAAGGGGCGAGAUAAGCGAAAGAUUGAAUGGCUGCACGUGGCAGCUCGGCUCGCGCUGGCGUCGGGUUCCGAGCCUGCGGCCAGCGCCGCGGUGACCCUCAUGACUGGAGUGCUGGGCAAGGCGCACAACGAGCGCCGCUGCAUGACGCUCUUCGACACCGAGGUGCGGCCGUUUGCCUUCGACCGCGUGCGGGCGAUGGUCCACACCGACGAGACAGCCGCACGGGUGAAGAAAUUGGACGCCCAGUUCCGAGAGUACGCCCGUAAGCUCGCCGACAACGCAACCUUCGGAGGCCCCACGCUGCAGGAGAGGAUCGAGAUCAGAGUGGACACGAUACCGGUGUUGUACAUGUACCCGUUCAGCGAGUACACUGAUGGGGAGGUCGGCCAGUAUCCCCUCACCAGACUGGUGUACACGGUGAGCUUCCUGCUCGCACAACGAGGGACGUUGCAGUACCUACUGCUGAAUGCAACAGCAUGCUUGGGUGGUGUUUGA